AAAUCUCGCGUUCCUUAGUGAUACAUCACGAUCGAUUAAUGGAUCCGGAAACCAAUGCCGCAAGGUUAGCAAACUAGAGUCGUGUUCUCUUGAAACAGAGCUUUCGCUGACGGUAAUUCUUCUCGCUAGCAGAGUGAGACAGUGAAUUCAUUUUCUCCCGGAUAUCCGGCGGAUGGAAAAAUGCCAGAUGGACAAUAUCCAGUAUGCGGAGGAGCUUGUAAGGGAAUUUCUUGUAUUUAGAGGUUUUACUAAUACUCUGCAAGCAUUUGAGUCAGAGUUGUCCACCGAUAUUGGCAAAGGAUUUCAAGUAGAGAAGAUACUAGAUUUGAUUUUCUCAGUGUAUGUACGUAAGUUUGAAGCUGAAAAGUUAGUUGCCCUGAUCAGAUUCCUCCGACGGUGCUUUACUGCACCCUCAGACACAACAUUUCUUACAACAUUGGCCAAAUUGGAAACCUCAGUUUUGCGUUUUUAUAUUAUCCAAGCAUUACAAGCUGGAAGGAAAGAUAAGGUGGUAGAAUUCUUUGAACAACAUGGAAAUGGUUUGCUUCAAAAAGCAGAUGAUUGGACCCUAUGGUUUGUUCUCCCGUACCUGAAAAAUGCAAGCUUGGAUCCCCAGUUUCGUGUGUACUUCUCAAAAGAAUGGUCUGAUGCCUUGCUUCUCUCCUUCAGGAAUUUCCUAAGUGAGAUGCUUGGUGGUACUCGCAUCCCUGCUCUGCUGAAGCUUAGCACAGAAAAGAGUAAUAUUAAGUAUCUGAAGAAAGACAUACGACAGUUAAAUAUGCAAUUGACACAACUUCAAGCAUUAUUGGAAACCAAAGAGGCACAGCUUUCCCAAUUGAGGAGUUCCCCAGCAAAUGUGCUGCAAAGGAACUGCACUGGGCAAGAACCUUCAUCAGAAACUUCACUAGAUGACUCAGUUGAUAGGAGAAUUGUUGCUUUCAAGGAUUCACAAGAGGUAGCUGAUACUGCUUCUACCUCGCAUUUUGGUGGAACAGAAGACAAACUGCAACAUCUGGAUCACCCAGAUUAUUUAAACCAUUCAACAAAGCUGCCACAGCCUGAAUCAGAUUGCAGCUCAAGUUCUUCACAGCAUCAGGUUGAAAAUGUUCGAGCAAUGGGUUCCUCUGUACUUCAUUAUGAGGGGGUUGAUUCAGAACCUGAUGUGCAGAGGGAGGAAGAUUUUUCAGAAGUGAAAGUGAAACAUCAGGAAUCAUUUUUGGGACAUACUAGUCCGAUUAGCAGGUGCCGUUUUUCUGCUUCCGGGACAAAUAUUGCAAGUGCUUCUUCAGAUGGAACUGUAAGAAUCUGGACAUAUGAUUCGUCGGUAUCAACAUCAAGAAAUGCAACCAUAUAUUGUGGAGCUGAGAUCAUGUCUCUUGAAUGGGAAUGCAAGUCCGAUCGGUUGCUGCUCAUAGGAACUGCUGAUGGUGGCAUUAAGGCAUGGAAUGUGGAUGCAAAGCGAGUGGUAUGUGAUUUCACGACUACUGCGGCAUUUCCAAGUGUCUUGGACAUGAAGUGUAGUCCCAUAGAUCCAGUCUUUGUAUCUGCAGCUGCAUCUAAGGGGCAUGGCCUAAAUAAUGUUGACAAAUGGGGACAUGCAUCUUUAACUGUAUGGAACUUGAAGACAUGGAAAUCUAUGACAGUCCUUCCUCUGGGUGAAGAUCCACCAGCAAUUACUUCAGUCUGUUUUAAUCACAAUGGGAAGAUUUUGGCAGCAUCAGCAGUUGAUGGAAUGAUUCACAUGUUUGACAUGUCUGCGGGGCUGCAAAUUACUGGCUGGCCUGCCCAUGAUUCAGCUGUUAGUUCUGUGCAAUUUGGCCCUGAUGAGACAAGCAUAUUCAGUCUUGGUUGUGAUGGCAAGAUAUUUGAAUGGAGCUUGCAUAAUCAAGGUCGUAUUCUUUGGUCCAGAGACUAUAGCAGGUUCUGUAAUUGUGAGAGCACGAGAAUACCUAGACACGAAAUGGCUUUGGACUCCCAUGGAAAGAGGCUACUAGUCACCUCGAGCUCUACUAGGUCACCCAUAUACCAUGUCCAGAGUAACUUGGGUGGACUAAAGACACUUCCACAUAGUGCUUGUAUAACCACGGUAGAUUGGCAUCCAACAUUGCCCAUUUUUUUAACUGGUUCAGCUGAUCACUCCGUUCGUGUUACUUCUAUUUUGUAAUUUUUGUGCCGGUUAUUUCUCUGAACCUUUCAGUAUCAUUGUUAUUUUGCCUUUGAAAGUUGAAUUUUUGUUCCUGAUGGUCCAAUUAAGACUUCCCUCUCUUUUGUCACACCGUGAAUAUACAGAAAUUCAGGCUUUCUCUAAUGUUGAACAUUAGUGUCUGGCUAAUGGUGAUAGACCACGCCAAAGUUGAGUAGGAAAGUACAUGGUGGACGUCGUGUGCUGUAAGAUGCAAUUGCAUUUUUUACCAGAUAGACCACUGAAAAGUUUGGUGUUCUGCUGAUGUUAAAAUCGGUCUCUGAAUCACAUCAGUCAGCAAAAAGGUUCAGUUGACCGUUCCUAUUUCUUUUGAGAAUAAUUUAAUCAACGUGAUUUCAUGCUUGCGGGAAA